CCGCACUAAACACACGCGCCCAAACGCGUACGCGCUUCCACUGCCCGUAUAGAUCGCGAUCUCCAAACAAAUAAACUUAACUCAAGAGUGAAGUAAACAAAUAUGCGGGCUUAAUAAAUACAAUCAACUAUGUCGUUCUGCAGAAUUACAGGCCGCAGCAGAGGGCUGCCAAAGCCCAAUUAUUUCCCGCUCCUCGCUCCUAUCUCGCCAGCUGAUGCAAAGCGUUGCUGCAGGAUCACUGGCAAGUCAUAUGGAUUACCGUCGCAUCACUACAUUCCAGUACUGCUCACCGCCAGGUCGGGGAGAACGAAAUGCAAAAUUACUAAUGUAUCUGGUGAACUCGGACCCCAUCAUUAUGCACCUGAAAUAAAUUAUGGAAAUAGGAAACAUGAAAUGCUACCUGACUACAGAUAUAUAUUCCCAGUCUUGGAUGGUUCCACGGAGGCACAAAAGGUUUUAAUGGAAAUGUUGCUGACGAAACAAGUUACUGACGACAAGCGAUAUGUGUAUACGGUACAAGAAAGAAGGUGCAGUUUAGUUUUCUCCGCUCGUAUGGAAGCGGCAGUGCGUGAUGGUGAUGUUCGAGACGUCAUGCUUGCGAAAGAUUCGGAUACAGUGCUGAUCAAAACAAAACAAGGUCGUAGUGUGUCAAUGGAUUUCAAGGACUUUACCGAAGAUGUGGAAAUAUAUGAAGGCGAAGGACCUAAUGCUGAAGUGUUGAAACAGAGAGAAGUAGAAGAAUUAGAAGAAAAAAAGAAGAAAAGAAAACGUGCCGCUGGUCUUUCUUCAAUGAAAAAAAUAUUUGAAAAUAAAGAAAAAUUAGCAGAAGUGCAGGAAUUGGAAGAAGAAAAAGUGCGUCAAGUACGUGUAGCAAAAAAGGCUAAAUUAGAAGAGUGCAGACAUGAGAAAAAUGAUAUGAAGAGCUUCCAUUCGAAUAAUUUUGACUUAAAUCAUAUGCGCUCUAAAUCUAGUAUUAUUAUGUGUAAUGAUGACUGGAAAGAUAAUAUUCAUCCGCUUAUUGAGUCAUGGGAUUGGGAAGAUUUUGAAAAAGAAAACUAUAUUGAUAAAAAAAAUAUUGUCCCUAAGUCAUCAGUAUUACCUACGCCGCUGAAAAUAAAACCUCAUCACUGUGAUUCAGAAAUUUAUGAAGUAGACCACAAUAUUAGCGAUAUUUCGGUAUCGUUUGAAAAUGUGCCUUGUGUCAAUCCUUUAAAACCGAUAAAAGCACGGCCUACAGAAACAGUUUUAAAAGCUGUUAAAGAAUUGUCAAAUGAACGUAUAAUUGAAACAUCACAAGUUUUUGAAAAGUUGAAUGAAAAUAAUAAACUUGGAAUGUUGCCCACAGUAGAAAACUUGCCAGAUAUUGUAAAAAAUAUUAAAAAAGGUAAAAGAGAAAAAAUAUCUAAAGUUCCAGGUUUAACUUUGGAUAUAAACAAAGCGAAAACAUUCAUACCUGGUCAACAUAUCAAUACUCCACAAGGUCCUAUUUUUGUACCAGGACAAACAGUAGAAACUCCUAUAGGACCUGUCUUCGUACCAGGGUUCACUGUGAAUACUCCGGCGGGUCCAGGGCUUAUACCGGGCCAUAUUGUAACAAAUGAAAAUACAAAUGAACCAUUUUUCCUAGCCGGACAAGUUUUGCAGACAUCGAAUGGCGAAGAGUUUAUUUGUGGACAAACAGUUAAAAACAAAGAUGAUUCAUAUCGUUUCACUGAAGGUCAAACAGUUAUCUCUGAAGAAGGUAUGAAGUUUAUUCCUGGUAAAAUAAUAAACAAUGGCUCUGAAGAAACUUUUGUACCUGGUCAAACAAUAUUAACACCAGAGGGCGUACAGUUUAUUCCAGGUCAGACAAUAACAAAAAGCAACGACGUUCUUUUCACACCAGGGCAAAAUGCAAAAAUAAAUAAUGAAUGGCAAUUUGUGCCAGGCCAAGUAAUCAAUGAAGAUGACGAGUUACACUUUGUACCUGGUGCUACAUUAGCUACACCCAAUGGCCUUAAGUUUGUGCCAGGGCAAACAGUUGCAAUUAAUGGGGAGACAUGCUUCAUACCUGGUAUAACAAAAGCUAAUAGCAAUAAUAAAUUAGAGUUUGUUCCCGGGACCACAGUAGAGACUAUUGAUGGACCAAAAUUCAUAGAAGGACAAAUAGUACGUACUGAAUAUGGAGAAAAGUUUAUGCCUGGAAAAACUACCGUUCAAGCUAACGGACAUGUAGAAUUUUCCGUUGCUAAAACAGUAGAAGAUAUAACUUUCUCAGAAGGCACGCAUAUGGGAUUGCCAAUAGAUAUCAAAACAUGCUCAUUAUCUGAAGAAUCCUUAUAUGUAUUUGGUCAUAUGGUCCAAACUACAAAAGGUAUUGAGUUUUAUCCUGGCCCCAGAAUACCUAAAAUAGAAGGUAAAGUAGUACCUGGAAGACUUGUUAAAAAUGAAGCAAAUGAGUCAAGAUUUGUUCCUGGAAUGAUGGUAGAAGGUAUAUUUGUUCCAGGACAAAUAGUAUUUACAGAAAACGGAGAACAAUUUGUUCCAGGCCAAGUUGUUGAUACUGUUGAUGGACCUAAAUUUGUACCUGGUCAAGUUGUAAACACGAGAAAUGGACCAAAGUUUGUCCCAGGUCAAACUAUACAUACAAUUGAUGGUCCUCGUUUUGUUCCGGGUCAAAUAAUAGAAACAAAAGCUGGACCUACUUUUAUACCUGGUCAAGUUAUAUCUACAGAAGAGGAAGGCUCGAGAUUUGUACCUGGACAAGUAGUUGACACGGAAGAAGGUCCUAGAUUCGUCCCUGGUAGAGUUAUAGAGACCGACGAUCAUGGUGUGACUUUUGUUCCUGGUCAGAUAGUCCAAACACCGGAAGGAUUAAAAUUUGUAGCUCCUGAUCUUGUAGAAGGCGAAGAGGGAUUAGAGUUUUCAGUUCAAAGUUUCGUUGUUACACCUGAAGAACUAAAACUUUUAAAAGUAAAAACAAACCCAAAUGAUACAACAUCUACUAAAGGAGAAUUAACUAUCGAUACAAAUAUGCUCAGACAGCUUUCUGAGGCCGGUAUGUCUAUUGGUAGACAAGUACCAGCAGAACUACCUACGAUUAACGUAGUUUUAAAUGAAACUAGAAAUAAAGAGGCACUCAAAGCAUUUGUUACAGAUUUCGGCUUAAAAGAUGAUGUUGCGAAUCAAUUAAUGGACGUUAUCACAUCUAUUAUUGAAAUGAGUGCACAUUUGAAGUCAGAAAUGUAUGAAAAUGGUAAAACAAAUGAAAAUGCAAGUGAAGCGAAAAAAAAUAAAACCACAAAAAAGCGUAUGGAAAUUGAAACAGGAUAUACAGAAGGAAACGGACAAACAGCCCAUGAAGAGCAUGUCAAAAAUUCAAUAGCUGCUGCAGUAUUAGCUGCUUUAGUUACGGCUGAACAAUUUGAAGAAGUUAAUAAUAAUAAUAGUAAAGAAAAAUAUCAAUUAAUAUUAAAAUCUAUUGAUACUAUUUUGGGUAAAGCUAUAGAUAAAGAUUUUGUAACAGCAAUGUACAAGAUUUUACAAUGCGAGGAAGACAAAGAAAUUCUUCGUGAGGAGAUUCUUGAAAAUACAACUCAACCUAAAGUUGAAUUAAUCAAAAUUGCUGUCAAUAGCACACUACAUAAACAUUCCUUUACCGAAGAAGAUAUUAUUGAAAAAUUCAGCGACUUUUUAGCUAGUGAAAAUGAAGUAUUAGGACCAGCAUUCAAAAAUAUUGCUAACACUGACACAAAUCUUCUUCGCCAUGUAUUGGGUCACAUCUCAGAUUCAAUAUCUUUUAUUAAAACUGAUAAUGAAGCAAGGGAAACCUUACAGAAGGCAAUUGUGUCUGCAGUUCAAGAAUCUAGCUCCAAAGAAUUGGAAGUUAUACUUAACGAAAAUAAUAAAGAAAACUUAAAAGAAUUGAUCGUACAAUCAGUAGGACUUGCAAAACUUCUUGGAAUGAGAGACGUGGCUAGUAAUUUAUUAGCGGUCAUCAAUAAUGAAGAAAGUUUAUCUAAAAUCGCAACGGACGAUACAAGUCUUAGUAUUUUAAAAAGGUUAACAGUCAUGCGUAAACUUGCAGAAAAAACACCAAGUUUACAUUCUGCGCUUCAUAAAUUAGUAACAGACCCAGAAUUGGCUCGAACGGAUCCUAAACUUAGAGAUUUAGUUCGUGAAAGCGCAGUUCUAAUGAUAGUACCGGAGGAACCUCCGCUGAUGACAUCUGAUGACGUUCCAUUAAGUUUACUAGAUCCAGACAACAGUCUUGCUAUGGAAGAAUUUUUAUUUCAACGCAGGAAACAUCCUGGUGCUUUAUUAAUAAUGAAAAGAGGAUUGCAAGCUGUUGUGCCUCGCGAAGCCAGUCGUGCUGUAUUAACUGGUCAAAUUGCGUAUACAGUUCUCGAUGAAAAUGGAAUCCGACAUUUUGAACCACUGCACGUAUUUUCAGCGUUGAACCUCAGCAAACCAACAGCCCAUAGAUUUUCAAUGUAUAGUUGUCCUGUUGUGGAUGACAAAGAUGAAGAUCUACAAUCAUUUACAGGAUAUUGUAAUAUCAGUAAUAAUCAGAGAAUAACUAGACUUGGUGGAUGGAGGACGGAUCGUAAAUAUAAUGGAGUGUUACUGGAUAGAGAGAAUACUAGAAGUAGAAUGAGUAGCUUGGAAACUACACCAAGUUAUAAACGAUAUUCAUCACGAUCUUUGUCUAGAUCAAGGUCGAGUUGUAGUAGAAGUCCUCCGAAGGUAGAGGACGUGUUAGUUGCAACGACAGACUACACUGCCGCUGCUGAUGAUGAAGUGUCCCUAAAAGCAGGUGACAUUGUCGAGGUUCUCGAUACAAAAGCCGCGCUCGGAGCCAAGAUAUCCCGGACAGACCCCGAGCUGGACCUGGAAGGCUCCACACUCCUGGACGCCUCGGCAGCGAAGCACAAACGAGCAGUACGACCGAAGAAAAAACACCCUAAAGGGAAGGCGAAUGGACUUAAGAAAGACGGAGAGAGAUGGUUGGUGCGGGUGGUGGAAGAUGUGCAGGGGGGAGAACUGCGCACGCGGCAGGGCCUGGUGCCAGCCGGCGUGCUGCACGAGAAGAAGACUGUAGAACAGGGCCAGACCGAGCUGGCUGCAAGGAGACAGGCGGUGGUACGUGAGCUGGUGGAAACUGAGGAGGAGUUCGGAAGGGACAUGCAGCAGGUGGUGUCCAGGUAUAUGAGACCCAUGGACAAGGCUCGGACGCCCAAACCUGUUUUCGACAACAGAGAACUAUUAUUUUCCAACUUCAGACAGAUCGCAGAGUUUCACAAUACAACUCUGCUGGAGGGCAUAAAGUACUACGCAGGAGAGCCGCGGAUGCUGGGCCGAGCACUACUGCGUAUGGAGCGCGAGUUCGACAAACACGUCGCGUACUGCCGCGACGAGCCGCUCGCCCAACAUUUGCUCGCCACCGAUCCUGUUGUCAACAAAUAUUUCCAAGCACUUGCUGAUAAACUCGGCGACGACAAAGGCAUUACUGAACACCUCAAGUUACCAAUACAGAGAAUAAACGACUACCAACUACUACUGAAGGAAUUAGUGAAGUACUCAAAAAAACUUGGCGAGGACUGCACUGACAUCCAGAAGGCCUUAGAACUCUUCUUGUCGGUCCCUAAUCGCGCUACCGACAACAAGUUCAUCGCUAGCAUCGAAGGCUACCGGGGGAACAUCUACAAGCUCGGCCGUCUCCUCACCCACGACUGGUUUACAGUCACUGACGUUGAGAGCAAGGCCAAGGAGAGGUAUCUCUUCCUCUUCAAAGCGAGGAUCUUGAUCUGCAAAGUUAAGAAGGUCUCUGAUGACAGAUCAGUGUUCGUUCUCAAGGAUAUCAUCAAACUUCCAGAGGCCGAGGUCAAGGACCAUCCAGAUGAUCGGUUGAGGUUCGAAAUACAUCAGAAGUCAUCACCGCAGCUUGUAACACUCGCAGCGCAUAAGGAGCAAGUGAAGACCGCUUGGUUAGCGGAGAUCGGCCAGCACGCCAGUGAUACUGUCGCAUUAGCUGAACACGCAGCUGACGAUCUACAAGUACUCUCACCACAAAUAACUUCACCUGAACCACCAGAGGCGAACAAAAAGAAAAGAGAACGCACGGAAGACGUACAGGAAGUUCAAGAGAAAAGAAGUCGCACCGAAGAAAUUACUGAAGCUUCUGUUCAAACAGAAACAGGACAAGCGAUUCAAAAGAAACGGACCCGAGUCGAAGAAGUUGAAGUCACUGAAGUAACUACUGGACAGGAAGUUCAAGAAAAGCGGGCACGAGUUGAUGAAGUACAAAUAAUAACACAAACAGAAAAGUUUGAAGACGUAACUAUAAAUCAGUCGUCUGUACAAACAGAAUCACAGCAACAGAUUCAUGAGACGAGAGCUCAAAUUGAAGAAAUACAGAUUACUGAAGUAGUUAACCAGACCAAGCAAAAUACUCAGGAGCAACUUUCUCGAGUACAAGAAUCUACAGUUACAGACCUAAAUAGUAAAGAAAGUUCCAAACAACUUUCAUCGACAUAUGAAAUACAGGGUAACCAAUUACAAGCUGAAGUAUCACAAACACAUGUUGUUAAUUUAGGGACAGAAAGUCAAGUAUCUAUAGAAACAGAGUUGACAGAACAAUCACAGUCACAAAAUUUAAAAAACGACGUUCAAGUAACUGGAAUCGAACAUCAAAUCAAAGAAUCACGUCGCACUAAAGUUUCUAUAGAGACAGAUUCUAAUCAACUUCAAGAACAAAGCUGUAUCGAACAUGUCCAGGUUACUGUAGAAUCUAAACAGGAAAAUAAAUCACAACAAGAAACUUUAACAAACGCCCAAGAAGUUGUAACUAAACAAUAUACACUUUCUGAUGAAACUCAACAUAGUCAAAACAAAAAUUCCGUAAUUACUACAAUAGUAGCGGACGAACUUAAUACAGAAAUUGUACAAGAUAAAGAAUCCAGCCUUGAAUUACAAACAAAACAGCAGUCUAAAGUUGAAGAGGUACAGACAACAAAAGUUGAAACACAAGAAUUGAAUGAAAAGAAGCAAACAGACGUUAAUCUACUAACAGAGCAGGCUAAUAGUAAAGAACAGAUACAAGAUAGUGAGGCUAAAUCAAUUAGUAGUGAGAUCGUAAAGGUUUGCACUAGAGAAGAAUCAUUGGAACAAUUAAAAGCUAAAAGAAAGGCUUCGUUUGAAUCAUCUGUUGCAAAUAAGAUCUCCAAGUCGGAAGUAACUGAAGUUACUUCUGCUAGCGAAGUACAAAAUUCUGCAAAAACUUAUUCUGCUACAUCUCAAUCAGAACUAAAUCAACAAACUCUUAAAUCAAUUGUAUCUACAGAAGAACAAAUAUCAGUAAGUUCUGGAAUAAGUAAAGAAAAAGUCAAAGUUGAAGAACGGGUAAUCACUAGCGCAACUGGCGCGCAAUCGGCAGAUACAGUUUCUAUUAACAAUCAAGCUGUAACCAAGGAGGAGGCUAUUGAGGACGAAAUGUCAAGAUAUAGCCGUAGUUCUCGACUUUCUGGAGAGUACACCAGCAGUAGUAGAAGCGGACGUUAUGAAUCAUCCUCAUAUGACAGUACUGGUCAAUCAUCUUAUUCGCGCCGGGAGAGCGGAUCCCGUUUGGAAAGUGGAAGAUACGAAACAGGAGGAUCCCUCGAGGGAAGCGCCUCUUCUCGAUAUGAAUCUAAAUAUUCCAGUUCGAGGCUAGAAGGUUCCGGAUAUGGGAUUGAGUCGAGUACCGAGUCUAAAUACGAUACCGCUAGUAAGAUCGAUAGUAUCGCCUCUAAGUAUGGUAUAGAGUCUAGCUAUGAUAGCGCUAGUAAAAUUGAUAACAUUGCAUCAAAGUAUGGUAUUGAAUCUAAAAUCGAAGGUCGAUCAUCAAAGUAUAGCCUUGAAGCCAGUUACGAUGGCGAUAAAAUUGAAGGAAUCUCAUCCAAGUCCGAGUCUAAAUACUCAAGAACUAAUGACAGCGAAUCGGCUUAUGAGAGCAAAUACUCUAAAAGUGCUAUCGCUAACGGAUCUAUCGGUACUGGUGAAUAUGAGUCCACCCGAUCCGUUUUGAAAUCGGAAUCGCAAGAUGGAAAACCAGUGUUCUCAAAAACCCUGGAAGGCCAAAACAUUGAGCCGGGUGAGAAAGCCACAUUUGAAUGUUCUCUCCGCGAGUCUGCAGACUCAGUCAAAGUCACUUGGCUGAAAGAUAAUAAGCCUUUAACUGAUCGUCUAAUGGAUCGAGUGAAUAUAUCGUCUAAAAAGGACGGUAACCACAAACUUGAGCUACAACAUUGCCGGGAAGAUGAUUCUGGAAUUUACACCGCCAUGGCUGAAAACGUGAAAGGAACAUCCCAUUGCACCGCCCAGUUAGUCGUCUAUGAAUUGACUCCGGAAGAGAGAAAAGCAAAAAAUGCGCUAAAUGCACCAUACUUUUUGGUCGCGUUAAAAGAUACAGAAAUAAUGCAGAAUACCUACUUGCGCUUCAUGGUUAAGGUCAAGGGAGAUCCCAACCCGGAGGUGAAAUUCUACCGCAAUGACAAAGAGAUCGUGUCGUCUGAGGAGGAGCGUGUGAAGAUAGUGCGCACACGUGCAGAGCGGGGCUGCUACGAGCUGGUGAUCGCUGACGUGGUAGCGUCCGAUGCUGGCCGCUACUCGUGCCGUGCUCAGAACAUCUACGGCGACGUCGCAUCCGACGCCGUUGUCACCGUUGUUGAUGAUAAGAAUAUCUUCUUCGAGCUGCCCCCUGGUGGCGAAGGGCUAUUGGCCAAGGGUGAGAAACCUACCUUCACCUGGAAGAGAGAUGGACAAGCCUUCGACCCUGAAGAGAGAUUCAAAGUGUUGCUUGGCGACGAUGAGGACUCGCUGGCGCUGGUGUUCCAGCAUGUUAAGCCAGAAGACGCCGGCCUCUACACCUGCGUUGCUAAAACAUCCACUGGAAAUAUAUCCUGCUCUGCUGAACUUACCGUCCAAGGUGCUGUGAACGAACUUCAUCGGGAGCCGGAGAAGCCGACCCUGGUCAUUGAGCAUCGGGAGGCGAUCGUAUCAGCUGGCGGCUCCGCUAUGCUCGAGCUGCAGUGCAAGGGCUUCCCCAAGCCAAGCGUGCUGUUCAAGCACGACGGGAAGAUCAUCGAGGCUGACACCAGGCACAAGUUCCUAUAUGAAGAUGAUGAGAGUAUGUCGCUGGUGAUCAAGAACGUGUCGGCAGCUGAUGCAGGUAUCUACCACGUGACUGCCACCAACGAGCUCGGGGAGGACACCUCCACACUGCAGCUCAUCGUCAAGGCGGCGCCCAAGAUCAGGAAGAAGAUAGAGAAUCAGUCCUGCAUGGUUGGAUCCACCCAUACUGUAACCAUCGAAGUGGACGGCACGCCGGCACCCGAGGUGACCUUCUAUAAAGACGGUGUGGAGAUCAAGAGCUCGGAGAGGGUCCAGAUCGUGAAGGAGUCCUCCGACGUGUACAAGAUCAUCAUCAAGGAUGCCAAGCUCACUGACACAGGCUCCUACUCUAUUGUUGCCAAGAACGAGGUGAACCAGUGCUCGGACUUCUGGCAGUGGCACGUAACAUCACCUCCGCGUAUACUUAAGAAGCUCGGAGACACCAAGGUCUGCGAAGAGAAAGAGACCGUCACCUUCAAGAUAGAGACGGAAGCCGAGCCUGCGCCCACUGUUAAAUGGUACAAGAACAAAACGGAGCUGGUAGAGUCUACUGCGAUCAAGAUCUCAUCGUCUGGAGAAGCGCAUUCGCUGGUCAUCACGUCGGCUGCUCGCGCUGAUGCCGGGGAAUACUCCUGCGAGGUGCGCAACCCGCACGGCGACGCGUCGGACGCGUGCUCGCUGCGCGUGCGCGGCGCGGCGCAGUUCACGCAGCGGCUGCGUGACGUCACCGCCGCCGAGGGCGACACCAACGUCGAGUUCACCGUCGCCGUCGACGGCUACCCCGAGCCCGCCGUCAAGUGGUACCUGGGUGACGUGGAGAUAACUGAGAAGAAGUCGGUGUUCACUCGGGUGGACAGCGGCAGUACACACAAGCUGAUCCUCAAGGAGGUAUCCGCUGAGUACUCCGGAAAAUAUACUUGCAAGGUGUCCAACGAGCUCGGCGCUGACUCCUGCGAAGCUACCUUCACAGUCAACAGGAAGCCUCGCAUCACCAAGAGUCUGGUAGAUAUAUCAGUAGAUGCUGGACAGACGUUGAAACUGGACGUCGAAGUGGAAGGUUGCCCAGAACCGAAGGUCAAGUGGUACAAGGAUGGUAAAGAAGUCACUACUGAUGCUAGAAUCAAGAUUGAAAGAGAUACGCAGAGAUUGGAGAAUUACCACUUGACAGUGACGCUGGUAAAGGAGGAGGAUGGUGGAGAGUACGAAGUGCGCGCUUCCAACGAAUUUGGCAGCGUCUCCUCCAAGAGCACGGUCACUGUGCACACUAGAGAAAUACAUUCGAGAUUAUCAAAGGAAGCUAUUGUCGAAAAUGAAAUCGAAGAUGAGAGUAAAUCGAAACAACGGCUAAUAGAAGAGGAGGUGGAUACUGGUGGAAAACAUACUGCAAAGAAAGGAAAAACAAAACCAGACGAAGCUGUGGAAAAAUCAAUAUGGGACGACGACGAUGAGGGAGUCGCUAAAAAAGCAAAUAUAGAAGAUGUCGACACUCCCAAGGCUACCAAAGCGAGAAAGUCUAUUACUGAACCAAUAACAGCUGAGGAGAAAUCUAUUUGGGAUGAUCUGGAUGAUGAUGGAAGGCAAAAGAAACCUGUAGUUGAAGAAAUCGAUACUCCAGCAAGCAGCAAGGGCAAAAAGUCGGUAACACAACCAGAUGUCGCUGAAGAGAAAUCUAUAUGGGAUGAAAACCACAAUGAACAGAACAAAAAGAUUCUAAUAGAAGAGGUAGAUGGCGAAAUACAGACAGGUGAAAAGGGUAUUACAAAACCAGAAAUAAUUGAAGAGGUUUCUAUUGAAGAAGAUUUGAAGUCCCCAAAACGUAAAUCUGUCAAAAAACAUUCUGUUCAAGAAGAACCAUUGAGUGCUGAAACUGAAGGCCGAGUUUUCCAAACAGUAACUACAUUCAAGACGGGCGAAGACGGGUCUAUAAUAAUGUCAAAAGUAAGCAGCACUCGGUCUCACGACGCUAUAAUAACAGGUCCAGCCGAAACGCGCACUUUACACAAAAUGAAAUCUACAGCCGUUUAUUACGAUGAUGAUUAUAAUGGCAGAAAACUAAUUCAGCCCACUAAACCACACACAACUUCUUUAGAGGUUGAAGAAAUAGCGAGUCAUAGCUAUUUCUUAUCUGAAUUGGGUCAAUUUUCUGUACCUGAUCAUAUAAGACGAGGUACUUAUGGAAUAAUCGAAGAACCACAAACGGACUCUGAAGCCGAAAAUAGCUCAAGGUAUGGAAGAAAUCACAGCAAUAGAUCUGUUUCAAUCAUGUCAGUAUCUGAAGAUGAGACGAGUUGGCAAAAUGAAACAUUGUCACGAGAAAUAUCCAUUGAAGACCUGUCAAAAUCUAUUUUUGACAUAGACGAAAGUAGAAAAGUAUUUAGCAAAGACUCUUAUGUGCGACAAUCAUCAUUUAAAGAGGACUACUUCACAGAUGAGGGCGAAGAGGAAUCAUUCGUGUUAAGAGAAAAAACACAAAAAAUAUACGAGAAUGACAUAACUGAAAAAUUAAUAAAUAUUUCGAAAGAGUUUGACGAAAACGAAAAUAAAAACGAGAAUAAAACUCAUGAUAUUAAAAAUCGUAUUAUAGAGGAAUUUCUUCUGGGUCCUCCAAAAAUCCCUGAAAAUAUAACGAAAAACACAACAGAAACGACUGCUGAGAGGAAGAAAAAGCAUUCAAAUAAAUUAUUUUGCGUAGAAGAGGAAGCAGAUGAUGAUUUAGAAGAGCUGUUAAGACGUAGUCAGAGACAAAGAAGCAUUCUUGAUGAAAUACUUAAUGAGGAAGAUGAAAAAGCACCCCCCACAAUAAAAGACAGCAGCAUGAAAGACGGACACGUAUACGAAUCUCUUCCUCUCGUGUACACUGUGCAAGCUACCGGCUCCCCGAAGCCUACAGUUCGCUGGCUUCACGACGGCAAAGAGGUGAAGCCGUGCAAACGGGUACACAUCUCCGAAGAAAGCGGUGUUUACCGGCUGUUCAUCGAUAGCGUCAACUUGGAUGAUGCUGGCAAGUGGCAGUGCGAGAUCACCAACAAUCUGGGAACCAAGGUGCAGCAGGCUGACUUGUCUGUUUCCCCCGUGAGCGAGUACCGCAAGCCGAUAUUCACAAGCCCGCUGGAGGCGCAGCGCGUGCUGCAGCGGGAGCCUGUGACUCUGAAGGCGGUGUGCACGGCCGACCCCCUGCCGCACGUGGCCUGGCUGCUCAACGGCAAGGAGAUCACGCCCGACGCCACCGUCCUCACCAGCGCUGACUCCAAGGACCUCGAACAUGGACUUAAGGAGUGCACCUUUACUCUGAAUAUACCCACAGGUCGGCACGCUGAUACUGGUGUAUACACAAUCCAAGCUAAGAACAAAUACGGUGUGGGCGAGAGCUCGGCGCGGCUGGACAUCCUGCUGCGGCCAGAGAUCGAGGGCCUGAAAGACGUCACCGCAGUACCCUACGAGGAGACCAGCUUCGUCACCAACAUACGAGCCAAUCCCAUCGCAGAAGUGAAGUGGAGCAAAGAUGGGUACGCCAUUCAGCCAUCGUCCCGGUACGAUAUAGUUGAAGAUAAAGCCAACGAGAGUUACCGGCUGGUGGUGAAGAAGGUCGGCGUGGACGACGCCGGCGUGUACACGGUCACCGCCACCAAUGAGAUCGGAGAGACCGCCCAGCAGGCCAGACUUACCGUACACACCGGCGAGCCUAUAUUCACGAAGCCGCUGCAAGAUGAAACGGUAAAGGACCAGGAGGAUGUAACACUGCGCGUGCGCUGCGACGGUGUGCCCAAACCGGAAGUGACGUGGUACCGCGACGGUCGCCCGGUGGCCGACGACGACCGCCACACCGUCCGGACCGUCGUCGGCGGGCAGGUCGACAGCGAACUUGAGAUCAAGCGGUUCCAAGCCAGCGAUGCUGGCAAGUACCGCGUGGAAGCAGCCAGUCUGGCAGGGUCUGCACAGUGCGAGGCGCAAGUAUCGCUGGGGCGGGCAGCCCCAGGAUUCUCGCAUAAGCUACCGCGGCAGCAGGACGUGGACGAGGGCGAGCCGCUGGUGCUCAAGGCCAAGCUGGACGGCAGCCCCGUGCCCGCCGCCAAGUGGUACAAGGACGGUGUGGAGCUGCCCGCAGACGACCCUCGCGUGCAGCAGUCCGCGCUGCCCGACGGCACGGUGCGGUUGAGCAUCGAACAUGUGACCCCGUCUGACUGCGGCGCGUACAAGCUCGUCAUCACCAACCCCCACGGGGAGAGUUCCGCUCUCUGCGCAGUUGCCGUUAACCCUACGCCAAGGAAACCCUCGUUCAGCAAGGAGCUGGAGGACAUGACAGCUGUGAUCGGACAGCCCCUGAAACUGGAGGCCAGGGUGAUGGCGUUCCCAGCACCAGAGAUCAAGUGGUUCAAAGAUGGUCUGCCGGUGCGUCCGUCGCAGGCCGUGAACUUUAUCAACCAGCCGGGCGGCGUGGUCGGCCUCAGCAUCGACAGCUGCCGGCCCGAGGACGCCGGACUCUACUCUCUGACCGUUACCAACAAACUCGGAGAGGUGGCGUCUAAAGCUAAGGUGGAAGUGCAACAAAGGGAGCGCAAGCCAGCGUUCAUCGCGGAGCUGCAACCCGCCAAGGUGAUCGAAGGGUUCCCAGCCAAGCUGGAGAUCAAGGUCCUCGGACACCCGCAGCCCACCAUCAAAUGGACGCACAACGGCGUGGAAGUGGUACCGGACGGUCAGCGUGUGCGUGUGGUGUCUCAGCCGGACGGUACUCACGCGCUGCUGCUGGACCGGGCCACCGCUGCAGAUGGCGGGCAGUACGCCGCUGUCGCCGUCAAUGACUGCGGCGAGACUGCCAGCAACGCGGUACUCACCAUCGCCAGUCGUGAUGAUGACUCCUCACCACAAGAACGCCCGCAGCUGGUCCAUGGUCUGCGGGAGAUGUCUGGUGAGGAAGGACAGCCGCUGACAGUAUCAGCUCCGUUCCGCGGCAACCCCAUACCCGAGGUCACCUGGACCAAGGACGGGAAGCCACUUAUGCCCAGCGACCGGGUUCUGCUCACUUGCGAUGGGAAGAGGGUGGGCUUAGAGAUCAACCCAUUAGAAACACCUGAUGCUGGCGUGUACGCCGUGCAACUGGUGAAUCCGCUCGGAGAGGACAGCUCCGAGGGUAAGCUGACAGUACGCAAGGUGUUCAAGCCUCCCAGCUUCUCGCAGCGGUUCACCGAUCUGCAACAGCUGCCGACGUUCGACGCGAAGUUCCCGGCGCGCGUGAGCGGGAUCCCGUCGCCGGAGAUCUCGUGGUACAAGGACGGCGUGGCGCUUCAGCCCGGCGAUAAGUACCACGUGCGGCGUGACGGCGACGCGUGCUGCCUGUACGUGCGCGACGUCACGCUCGGCGACGCCGGCCGCUACCGCUGCCGCGCCUCCAACCGCGAGGGCGAGGCCACCUGCGAGGCCACGCUAGAGGUCGUCGACAAGAUCGCCAAAAAGCAGAAAAUUGAACCGCCAGCAUUCCUGAAGAAGAUCGGCGACACGGAGGUGUACCGCGGCAUGAGCGCCAAGUUUACCGCCUGCGCCACCGGCACGCCAGACCCUGACGUCGAAUGGUUCCGCAACGAUGAGAAACUGUUCCCGUGCGAACGCAUCCGUAUGGACAAGGAGACGACCGGCCUGCUGCGGCUGACCAUCAGCGGCAUCGACCCCAGCGACGUGGGCACCUACCGCUGCAGGAUCUACAACCCCCACGGGGAGGAGUCCUGCACCGCGCAGCUCACCUACGACACUUUGGAGCCACAGAACAACAGGCGUCCCCUAGCAGACCAGUACUCGGACUUCGAUAAGAUGAAGAAGACCGGCGUACCGAUGCCUCUCGCGGAUAAGCCAAUCAUCUCGCGAAUGGCCGACCGUCACCUGACGCUGUCGUGGAAGCCUUCCAUCCCGCACGGACCCAGGUUCCCUGUCACAUAUCAGGUGGAGAUGUGCUCGGUACCGGACGGCGACUGGCUGACGGCGCGGCGCGGGCUGCGCUCGUGCGUGUGUGACGUGCGCAACCUCGAGCCGUUCCGCGACUACAAGUUCCGUGUGCGCGUCGAGAACCAGUUCGGCGUGAGCGACCCGUCGCCGUAUGCGAUCACGCAGCGGGAACGCCUCGAGCCGCCGCCGCCGCGCUUCGUGCCGUACCUCGCGCCCGACAUCGACUUCCGGCCCGAGACCUCGCCCUACUUCCCGAAAGACUUCGACCUGGAGCGACCGCCCGCUGAUGGACACGCUCAGCCGCCUCGCUUCCUGCGCCAGGAGCAGGACAAGCAGUACGGCGUCAAGGGGCACAACGUCAGCCUCUUCUGGUUCGUCUACGGGUAUCCUAAGCCGAAGAUGACCUACUUCUUCAAUGAUGAGCCGAUCGAGAUCGGCGGCAGAUACGACUGGAGCUACACGAGGAACGGACAGGCGACGCUCUUCAUUAAUAAGAUGUUAGAGCGCGACGCGGGCUGGUACGAGGCAGUGGCGACCAACGAGCACGGGCAGGCGCGACAGCGAGUACGACUGGAGCUGGCCGAGUACCCGGCCUUCAUCCGGCGGCCCGAGGAGACCGUGCUGCUGCAGCGCCGCGGCGGCCGCCUGGAGGCCAGGAUCACCGGCGUGCCCUACCCGGACAUCAAGUGGUACAAGGACUGGCAGCCGCUGGCGCCCAGCGCCAGGAUUAAGAUCCAAUUCAUCGAGCCUGACACAACAGUGCUGGUGAUCCACGACGCGAUCCUGAAGGACGAGGGUCUGUACUCGGUGUCUGCGCGAAACGUAGCCGGUGCAGUCAGCUCCUCGGCCAUGCUGCACGUGGAGGAAGACGAGCAUCUGUACUCUGACAGGAUCCGCGAGCACCCGCCGCGCGUGAAACCGAGCACAAAACCGUUCGGCGACUACUACGACCUCGGGGACGAGCUCGGGCGCGGUGUGCAGGGCGUCGUCUACCACGCCGCAGAGCGGCUCACAGGUCGCAACUACGCCGCGAAGAUAAUGCAUGGCCAUUCAGAAUUGAAGCCGUUCAUGAAGAAUGAACUGGAGAUCAUGAAUUUACUAAACGACCGUCACUUGAUCCGCCUGCAUGACGCGUACGAGCACGAGCACACCCUGGCGCUGGUGACGGAGCUGGCUGCUGGUGGGGAGCUCGUCAGGGACCGGCUCCUGCGCAGUCAGGGUUACACCGAGCGGGAGAUAGCUGGCUACAUUCGGCAGCUGCUCCGAGGACUGAAGUAUAUGCAUGACAACAGCGUCGCGCAUCUUGGUCUUACGAUCGGUGAGCUCCUCCUAUCGCAUGUAGGCAGCGAUGAACUGAAGAUCUGCGACUUCGGCCUCUCGCGUCGCAUUCAAUUCAACAAGCACGCCGCCCUCGACUACGGCAUGCCAGAAUUCGUAGCUCCCGAGGUGGCCAGCGGAGAAGGUGUCUCCUACGGAGCUGAUAUGUGGAGCGUGGGCAUCAUCACGUACAUCCUGCUCAGCGGUCACUCGCCCUUCCGAGGAGUUAAUGACCGGGAGACCCUCACAAGGAUCAGGGAGGGACGGUGGGAAUGGCACGACGAGUUGUGGUGGUCCCGCCUGAGCACGGAGUCCAGGGACUUCAUCUCGAAGCUGCUGGUGUUCAACUGGCACGAGCGUAUGGAUGUGAAUACAGCGCUUUCACACCCGUGGUUGACUCUGGCGGAUAAGAUCUACCAGGAGGAGUAUCAGAUCACGACGGACAGACUGAGGAAUUAUUAUAAUCUGUACAGAGAUUGGACGGGUAACGCGCAGUGCCGCACUUGGUUCCGGCGGCGGCCGCUCAGCGGAGCCUUCGAGCAUCCCUCCAAGAUGGUGUACCCGCCAGGGGAAGUCUACACCCCCGAAGGGUCACCUGAGAGGUCCCGCGAACGCAGCACAGGAGCCUUUGACCUGAAGUUCAAACAAUGGGAACACCCUGACUGGGAGGUCUCCGCUAAGUCUGAGAGCCAUUACCAGAACGGUCCGGACACGUACCUGCUGCAGCUGCGCGACGUAUCGUUCCCGGUGCGGCUGCGCGAGUACAUGAAGGUGGCCUGCGACCGCUCGCCCGCCUACUACAUCAGCGUGCACGACGUCUACGACCCCAGGACCCCUAUCAUCCGCGAGCGACGCCGCUUCACGGACAUCAUGGACGAGGAGAUCGACGACGAGCGCCGCGAGCGCAUCAACAACUACGGCAGCGAGAGCUACACCAUCCGCCGCCUGCGGCACGAGCUCGGCACCCGUCUCGACAGCUACGCAGAAGCACAGGCCUUCAUGGAAUCCAAGAAAGACGGCCAGCUACCAUUCUUCCGCGAGAAACCGCAGAUCCUCCCCAUCCGCGAAGGCGACAACGUCCAACUAUCCUGCUACGCUGUCGGAGACCCCAAACCGGUGAUCCAGUGGUUCAAAAACGAUAUGGUCCUGGCGGAAGGUCAGCGCAUCAAGAUAAUAGAAGACGACGACGGCAGAUCUACUCUCAAGUUCGAACCCGCUAUGCACCACGAUAUAGGAUUCUACAAAGUCGUCGCCAGGAACAAGGUGGGACAGACUGUGGCGAGGACGAGGGUCGUGGAAGCGAGCACUCCUGAUGCCCCUGACAGCCCUACAGCUGCCGAUGUCUCGGAUACUGAAGUGCUACUUAGGUGGAAGCAGCCUAAGUACGACGGCAACUCACCUGUUGUCUGUUACAGUCUUCAGUACAAAGAAGGCGACAGUGUCGAAUGGAAGGACGUAGCUAACAAUAUCGAUCAUGAAUUUUACGUCGUUAGAAACCUAAAAUCGGACACUAGUUAUCAAUUCAGGCUGUCUUCCCGCAAUAGAAUCGGAUGGAGCGACAAGGGAAUACCGACUAAUCUGAUAAAGACUAAAGUAUCCGGCGCGGCGAGGAUCGAAGUCACUAAAGCCAUGAAACAUCUGCAGCAGCUCACAGAAUCCGGUCAGGAAAUAGUUCUCGACGAGGAGAGGCCGAAAUUGAACUACAACACAGAGGACAGCCCCGCCGAUUGGGACACAUCUGACGCUUUCACGGAACGAUACAGCUUCAUAUCUGAAUUAUGGCGCGGAAAGUAUUCGAUCAUAGUUAAAGGUGUCGACAAGAAAAACGACAGUGUAGUUGUGUCCAAAAUAUUGGAGAACCGUCCAGAAACUGAAGUACAGGUCCAGAGGGAGUUCGAAUGCCUAAGAAGGCUAAGGCACGAGAGGAUAUCGAACUUGUUGGGUGCAUACCAGGCUCACGGGUCACCUGUGAGCGCCCUUAUUAUGGAGAAGCUGCAAGGUGCUGAUAUCCUAACGUACCUUUCCAGCCGUCACGACUACACAGAACAGAUGGUGUCGACUAUUGUAACGCAGAUCCUGGAUGGGCUACAGUAUAUACACUGGCGAGGGUAUUGUCACCUCGACCUGCAGCCUGACAAUAUUGUAAUGGCAUCAGUCAGGUCAAUCCAGGUCAAGUUAGUCGACUUUGGAUCGGCGCAUAAAGUCACCAAGUUGGGGACCAGCGUGCCACAAGUUGGUGACUUGGAAUAUAAAGCGCCGGAGAUAGUGAACGACGAGGCAGCGUACCCGCAGACGGACAUCUGGUCUUUGGGCGUACUCACGUACGUGAUGCUGUCGGGAGUGUCUCCCUUCCGUGGAGAAUCCGACGCGGAGACCAAGCUCAACAUCUCCUUCGUGAGGUACCGCUUCGAGCACCUCUACAAGGAGAUCACGCAG